CGCCCGAAGGCUCUAAGGAAGAGCGGAUGCGGCGGCAGGCGCUUCCUUUCCUUCUCGUUCGGCCCUCCGACCGGCCAUGGCUCCCACCGGCGACCGCGCCGGCUACUGGGGCCCGCCGACGUCCACCCUCGACUGGUGCGAGGAGAACUAUGUCGUCUCCUCCUACGUCGCCGAGUUCUGGAACACCGUUAGCAACUUGAUUUUCAUUCUCCCUCCAAUCUAUGGUGCAAUUCAAAGUUAUAAAGAUGGCCUUGAGAAACGAUACAUAAUAGCUUAUUUGUGUGUCACAGCUGUGGGCUUGGGCUCAUGGUGCUUCCACAUGACUCUGAAGUAUGAAAUGCAGCUGUUGGACGAGCUGCCCAUGAUCUACAGUUGUUGCGUUUUUGUCUACUGCCUGUACGAAUGUUUCAAGUACAAGAAAACAAUCAAUUACCCUCUCCUGUUUCUACUAAUAGCCUACAGCAUUGGCGUCAGCAUAGUAUACCUAAACUGGAAACAGCCUAUAUUCCACCAGGUCAUGUAUGGGUCAUUGGUGGCUGUUCUAGUCCUACGCUCUGUAUAUAUAGUGUUAUGGGUUUACCCCUGGCUCAGAGGGUUGGGAUACACGUCCCUUACUGUUUUUUUGCUGGGCUUCUUCCUUUGGAACGUAGACAAUAUUUUCUGCAACAAAUUAAGGAGCGUACGUGAGAGGCUGCCUCCAGUUGUGGGCGCAGUAACACAGUUCCAUGCUUGGUGGCACAUUUUCACAGGGCUCGGCUCCUACCUCCAUAUCUUGUUCAGUUUAUAUUCCCGGACACUUUACCUGAAAUACAGGCCAAAAGUCAAGUUUCUCUUUGGGAUUUGGCCCAUUCUCUUAGUAGAAUCAACGAAGAAGCCGUAAGAAGCACGCUGGCCAAACGGGAAUAGUCGCCAGCCCUGGAGACCUUUGACUGCCACACUGGAAGAUCUUGGCACUGCAAAGAGAUUUUCUUUCUUUCUUUCUCUACUCCUGCAAUGAUGGAGAAUCACAAAGGAUCAAGCCCUGGCGGGUCAACAGAACACACGACUGGAGGUUUUCCUCGCGUUUGCAACGUUAGAGCAAUUUUUGCGCAUUUGACGGCUGGUGAUUCUGGCCUGGUGAGGUGUGCCAGGCACAGGCAACUGCUGUGCUUUUUUCAUUUGACUGAUUAGACGUCCAAUCUGUGGUUGGGACCAAAUGCUUCUGGCUGGAUCAUGAAACACGAAGGCAAGUGCUCC